UGACAAAUAAUAAAUUAAUUUCCCAUAAAAGAACAUUGAGGUAAAGCAGACACAGAGAGACCACAAGCAAUGGAAGGUGUAAGCAAAACCUCUGUAUUAUCCUUCUCACUACCAAAGCUUAAUUCUCCAUUUCAAAACACGGCGCUCUCGUUUUCUCCCUCGAAACAUAUGCAAGCAGAUCCCAUGUGGGCCCCAAAAAAUUCACCCAAAUUCACCAGGAUUCGGUGCAGGCUGUCCGAGGGCGAGCAAGGGUUUAAUGUCAGCAGCUCCAAGAGGCAAAUGGAAGAUUACAACACGGAAAUGAAGAAAAUGAUGAGGAACCCUUAUGAAUAUCAUCACGAUCUCGGCAUGAACUAUACCGUUAUAACCGAAAAUCUGAUCGUGGGCUCGCAGCCUCAGAAAAUCGAAGACAUUGAUCAUCUAAAAGAGGAACUUAAUGUGGGCUACAUACUCAACUUGCAGCAGGAUAGAGAUGUCGAGUACUGGGGCAUAGACUUAAAAUCCAUUAUAGAGAGAUGUAAAGAGCUCGGGAUUCGUCACAUGAGAAGGCCUGCGAAAGAUUUUGAUCCCGAGUCGUUAAGACAUGGAUUACCAAAAGCUGUUUCGGCAUUGGAUUGGGCAAUAUCGGAAGGAAAUGGAAGAGUAUAUGUUCACUGUACUGCCGGUUUAGGAAGGGCACCCGCUGUUUCUAUUGCUUACAUGUUCUGGUUCUUAAAUACGAACCUGGACACAGCUUACAAGACGCUAACUUCGAAGCGGCCAUGUGGGCCCAACAGAAGAGCGAUUCGUGGGGCCACAUAUGACUUGGCGAAAAACGAGCCUUGGAAGGAACCUUUCGAGAGUUUGCCCGAGCAUGCUUUUGAAGAUAUUGCAGAUUGGGAAAGAAAACUUAUUGAAGAUCGUGUACGUGCCCUUCGUGAGUCUUGAAUGAAGGCACUUUUUCCUCCAAACAUUUUAUAGAAAUCAACUCGGCCUCUAAGCUAGUUGGAACUCGGUGGUUCGGUUUGUAUAAAAAUGUUAUCUAAUUAAGUUAGAAUAUAGAAAACCAGUUCUCUCAUUUCUCAAUAUCUCAGUACAAGUUGUGCUUAUGAUGAUUUUUUGCUGUGGCUUAAUUAGUUCACAUAAAUAGAAUCACAAACUAUUAUUAUUACCAA